AUGGAUAUCCUCUUGAAGUUUCGUACUCGAAAUUUAUUACGUUAUAUUGCAGGUAACUAUAUGCAGCGCAAAGCAUCGUCGCUGUUGGAUUCUACUGGUCGUAAACAAGCAUUGAAAGUGAAUUUACAAUUGAGAGCCAUGCCAAUUUCAGCAGUUGUUGAGGGCCAAUUAACGGGCUUCAUUUCAACGGUGAAUCGGUAG